UCAGCGCUGUACCCCCCACCCCCUCCAAAUCCAGUCAACACUUCCCAGCGCGUUAUAUCUGAAAACCCCGCAACACUUCACGCAUUGAGCGGUAUUUCCGAAACAAUGUUAGGGUGGUUUUUGAGGGUCACCCUGCCACGUUUUUGCAUCGUUUUCAACGGGGGAGAAUAACGAGAGACCCACGCGUCUGUUGAUCCGGAUGAACAAACUCUUGUAAAGUAAACUCGCACCAGAUUUGUGCCGCGGACAACUUCUGUGAGACCGAGGAUAUGGCAGAGGCUAUGGCUCACACGCUCUCUCUCAGUCUGCUGUACCUGGGCUUGCUGUGUGGGAACGUGUCUACACGAGGGUCCGAGCUGUUUGCACCAGAUCCAUCCAGAGGACCUCAUUUCACUGGUUGCCGCUCUAGAGAGCAGGAGACCUUCAGAUGCUGGUGGAGCACCGGCAUCUUCCAGAAUCUGACUCAGCCUGGAGCUCUCAGAGUAUUCUACCAGACAAAAAACACCCUUGAAUGGCAGGAGUGUCCAGACUACACACCCACUGUGCAGAACGAGUGUUAUUUCAACAAGACCUUCACACACAUCUGGACCUCUUACUGCAUGCAGCUACGCUCAGUUCCCCAGAACAUAACCUAUGAUGAACACUGCUUUACAGUGGAAAACAUAGUGCAUCCUGACCCACCAAUUGGACUCAACUGGACCCUGCUGAACGUCAGCCGCUCAGGGCUUCACUUUGACGUCCUCGUGCGCUGGGCCGCCCCUCCAUCAGCGGAUGUUCAGAUGGGCUGGAUGAGUCUGGUGUACCAGGUUCAGUACCGGGUCAGGAACACCUCCCACUGGGAGUCGCUGGAACUGGAGAGCGGCACGCAGCAGUCCAUCUAUGGAUUACACACUGACAAAGAGUACGAAGUGUGGGUGCGCUGCAAGAUGUCAGCCUUUGACAACUUUGGCGAGUUCAGCGACAGCAUCAUCGUGCAUGUGGCACAAAUACCGAGCAAAGAAUCAACAUUCCCCACUACAUUGGUGUUGGUUUUUGGAGUGGUAGGUGUGGUGAUUCUUCUCAUCCUUCUCGUGUUCUCACAGCAGCAGAGGUUGAUGGUAAUCUUUUUACCACCUAUUCCUGCACCUAAAAUCAAAGGCAUUGACUCAGAAUUGCUGAAGAAUGGAAAGUUAGACCAGCUUAAUUCCUUGCUGAGCAGUCAGGAGAUGUACAAGCCUGGCUCGUACCAUGAGGACCCAUGGGUGGAGUUCAUCCAACUGGACCUGGACGACCCCGCGGAGAAGAAUGAGAGUUCGGACACACAGCAUCUUCUGGGCCUGUCCCGCUCAGGUUCUUCUCACGUCAUCCAUUUCAAAAGCGACGAUGAUUCCGGCCGUGCCAGCUGCUACGACCCGGAGAUCCCGGAAGACAUGCUCACCGCUUCCCUUCUGCCUGGGAAUUCCGGUCGCGGAGACCAGCACCCUCUGGUUUCUAGGAGCAGCUCGUCCACCCCGAGCCUUACUGCUCUUCAAACAUCUGAGGGGGCGGAGACACCUAUUAAACCCACUACACCAAGUUGGGCGAACAUGGACUUCUACGCCCAAGUAAGCGAUUUCACACCUGCGGGAGAGGUGGUACUCUCACCCGGGCAACUAAACAGCCCUCCGGAGAAAAAGAAAGAGGACGACAAGAAAAUCAAAGACGACGUGAAAAUACAAUUCCAGCUUCUUUCCGACGGAGCUUAUACCUCGGAGAACACCGCGAGGCAGCUUGCCGCCGAUGUGCCGUCCAACCCUGGACCCAAUCAGGGGUACCAAACAUUCCCACCUCAGGCUGUUGAAGGAAACCACGGCUGGAACGUAGAGUACCUGGCUCCUGUGGACGUCUCCCAGAUGCCGUACCUUCUGCCUGUAGCUCCACCAGCCUCAAUACUGCCACCGGUGUCAGACUAUACAGUAGUGCAAGAGGUGGACGGCCAGCGCAGCCUCCUCCUUAACCCUUCUACCCCACAGACAUCAGUGUGCACACACAGCCCAAACAAACAGCUCCCUGCCAUGCCAAACAUGCCCAUGGGGUAUCUCACGCCCGACCUCCUGGGGACCCUGACCCCGUGAAGUCACGCAAGUCAUCGCUUGAUGAUGUUCUACCUUCUGACUGCUGGAAGCCAAAGUUGCAGCAAUGAUGGGACAGAAAUUCCAUCGCGCUUGCUGCGGGAUUCUGCUAAUGUUUCUAGGCUUUUCUCUGCUGUAGGCUGUAAAGACGAUGAAGCCAAAAGCGUUUCUUCUCUGUUGGCUGUUUUGAAGCAUAGUAGUGCCUGAAGCUUGCUUGCCGGGAGAGUUUAAACACAUUAUCAAUAUAAAAUCAAUGACGUUGCACAGAAAAAACAAGUCAAUACAGAAUAUGCUGGCUUACUUUAUCAGAACAAUUUUUAAGAUGUGUUUGUCAUAAUACAUUGACAGAGAUCUAGAGCUGUGGCAUUAUAAAAUAGAUUUAAACAGAUUUAGAUAAAAGCAGACAUAUCUUUAGAUAAAACUGUUUACACAGAGGUAAAAAGACUUUUAUUUUAUUUUGAUUUAGCGUCCCAGCUGUAUAUGGAAUGUUAUAUUUGGAAAAAUCUAUCGCAUUAUUUCAGGGUUGCUUAAUUUUUUUGGUCUGGCCAAGUGAGCAAAUUAUGCCCUGACAGAAGAUGAGUCAUCCUUUGGACGACGCCAUAUUUUUUCCGACUGAAAUUUCUGAACAGCCUUGAUGUUGUUACGAGAACCAGCAUUGUCAGAUUUAUGGAAGCCAUUUUGAGCGCUUGAACAAUCUUGCUCAUUUUAACCAGCUCAUGUAACUACAACGGCCAGAUGUCUAAACGGUGGAGUUUCAUACUUUUCUUAAACAUCACUGUAUAUGGCUGUGAU